AGGACAAGGGUGCGCAGUGUCAGGUCCUCAGGCCGGGGGUGUGCGGGGGCGGGCAGCGGGUCCGGUGACGCGAGGGAGCCGGGGGCGGGAGGUGACGCGCGAGGGGAUCACAGCGCCGCCCAGCCGAGCGGGGCCUGAGAUUUAAAAGUUGGUGGCGCGCGGCAGUCAGUUUGGCGGACGCGGAGGCGCGGAGGGCACCCGGCGCAGGAGCCUCGGGCAGCCCGCAGACGCCGAAAUGCCGCGCGCCGCCCGCUGCAGCCCAGGGCCGCCCCCCGGACAGGUGGCCGCGGCGUCGCGCCUGCUGCAGCUGCUGCUCCUGCUCGCCUGCUGUGCUGCCGCCGGCCGAGGUGCUCCAGUAUUACCUCACAGAUUAUGGUCUGAACAAGAACUUCAGUUGUGGAUUAAGAUGAAUGAUGCUUGUUCAUCCUUUCUAUCCAUUGAGUCUCAGCCUCAGGCAUCCACUGCACUGAGGGAGCUUUGCUCUAUGGUGAUGAGGAUUCUGCCAAAGCCUCAGGAACAAGAUGAAAAAGAUAAUACUAAAAGGUUUUUAUUUCAUUAUUCGAAGACACAGAAGCUGGGCAAUUCAAAUGUUAUGUCGUCUGUCGUGCAUCCGUUGCUGCAGCUUGUCCCGCAACUGCAUGAGAGAAGAAUGAAGAGAUUCCCAGAGGACGAAGGGUUCCGAAGACCUUUUGCAAAUCCACGGAGAGGUUAUUUUUUGUUCAGGCCACGCAAUGGGAGGUCAGCAGGCUUCAUUUAAAAUGGAUACCAACUACUUUUCCACAGAAACAAUGUAUGCAAUACAUAAUGUACUAAAAUUUUGUUUUCUUCCCAAAAACAAUUCUCCUGAAGUUUGCUCUGUUGAAAAUUCCUGUGUUGUGAACAUUCUCAGAAAAAGUUAGUUCAGAUUGCAAACAUUUAAUCUGUUGAAAAUAAAAAGCACCUUAAAGUA